UGGUUUUGUUCUUUAUGUUAGUCGUGAUGUGCUAUUAAUUAACCUGAACACCUAUGUAAAUGUUCUUUCAUUAUUUAGAGCUCGUAGUUCCUUGUUCAGGUGUGCAAAAGCAGUGCCUUAGUAAUCGCAAACUCACUUGCUGUCUUGCUGUCUCUCCUCAGUGCGGAUUCUUAGUGACUCUUAUAUGGAACUGUUUUUCUCUUAUGUACCAGUAAACCGGCAGGAAGUAGAAGUCAUGGAAAUAAGUAGUUUCUGUUACCUACUUCACUGACUUACUUGACAAGUUUUUUGGGGGAAGGAGGCAUUUGGUCUACUUUAAUUAAUAUUUUUCAAAAUGUUAAACUAACCAUUGCUUCUUGCUCUUACCUCAUUUUGCAGGUAGUAUUGGAAGGUUCUGUAAUGGUGCUUGAGUGGGUGAUUUAUGCUGUGGAAAUUUGUUUUACUCUUCAGGCCCUUGUGAACUGAGUUUUGUGUUGACUUUCUGCAGGUGUUUUCACAGUCCUGUGUUUGGUAUGGCGAGUGCGGAAUUGCAUCUGGAGAUAAGAGGUAUAAUUGCAGAUAUUCUGGGUUACCAAGAGCACUGCCAAAGGACGGAUAUGACUUAGUGCAGGAACUCUGUCCAGGAUUCUUCUUCGACAACGUCAGCCUUUGCUGUGAUGUUCAGCAGCUUCAGACACUGAAAGACAACCUGCAGCUGCCUCUGCAGUUUCUGUCCAGAUGUCCAUCCUGUUUUUAUAACCUAAUGAACCUAUUUUGUGAGCUGACAUGUAGCCCUCGACAAAGUCAGUUUCUGAAUGUUACAGAAACUGAAGAUUAUGUUGAUCCUGUUACAAACCUGACGAAAACAAACGUAAAAGAAUUACAGUAUUAUGUUGGAGAGAGUUUUGCCAAUGCGAUGUACAAUGCCUGCAGGGAUGUGGAGGCCCCCUCCAGUAAUGACAAAGCCCUGGGGCUCCUGUGUGGGAAGGAGGCCGAAGCCUGCAAUGCCACCAACUGGAUCGAGUACAUGUUCAACAAGGACAACGGCCAGGCACCAUUCACCAUCAUACCCAUUUUUUCAGAUCUCCCAGCCCAUGGGAUGGAGCCCAUGAACAAUGCCACGAAGGACUGUGCCGAGUCUGUGGAUGAGGUCACUGGGCCCUGCAGCUGCCAAGACUGCUCCGCCGUUUGUGGCCCCAAGCCCCAGCCGCCACCCCCUCCUAUUCCCUGGAGAAUCUUUGGCUUGGACGCCAUGUAUGUCAUCAUGUGGACCACCUACAUGGCCUUUUUGCUCCUGUUUUUUGGAGCAUUUUUUGCCAUGUGGUGCUAUAGAAAAUGGUAUUUUGUCUCCGAGUACACCCCCAUUGAUAGCAGCAAUAUAGCUUUCCCUAUAAAUGCCAGUGACAAAGGGGAGGCAUCCUGCUGCGACCAGCUUGGUGCAGCAUUCGAGGGCUGUUUGAGGCAGCUCUUCACACAGUGGGGCUCCUUCUGUGUCCGAAACCCCGGCUGUGUCAUUUUCUUCUCCCUGGCCUUCAUUGCUGCGUGUUCUUCAGGCCUGGUGUUUGUCCAAGUCACAACCAAUCCAGUCGACCUCUGGUCAGCCCCCAGCAGCCAGGCGCGCCUGGAGAAAGAGUACUUUGAUACCCACUUUGGGCCUUUCUUCCGCACGGAGCAGCUCAUCAUCCAGGCCCCCUACACCAACACAAGCACUUACGAGCCGUACCCCUCAGGAUCUGACGUGCCCUUUGGACCUCCUCUUGACAUAGAGAUUUUGCACCAGGUUCUUGACUUACAAAUAGCCAUCGAAAACCUUACUGCGUCUUACAACAAUGAGACCGUGACACUUCAAGACAUCUGUUUGGCCCCUCUCUCGCCAUAUAACAAGAACUGCACCAUUAUGAGUGUGUUAAAUUACUUCCAGAACAGCCACUCCGUGCUGGACCACAAAAUAGGGGACGACUUCUAUGUGUAUGCGGAUUACCACACGCACUUUCUGUACUGUGUACGGGCUCCUGCCUCUCUGAAUGAUACCAGCUUGCUCCACGAUCCUUGUCUGGGGACGUUUGGUGGACCAGUGUUCCCGUGGCUUGUGUUAGGAGGCUAUGAUGAUCAAAACUACAAUAACGCCACAGCCCUUGUGAUUACCUUUCCUGUCAAUAAUUACUAUAAUGAUACUGAGAAGCUCCAGAGGGCCCAGGCCUGGGAAAGAGAGUUUAUUAAUUUAGUAAAAAACUACAAGAAUCCAAAUCUCACCAUUUCUUUCAUUGCUGAACGAAGCAUCGAAGACGAACUGAAUCGUGAAAGUAACAGUGAUAUCUUCACUGUUGUGAUCAGCUAUGCCGUCAUGUUUCUCUAUAUUUCCAUAGCCUUGGGGCACAUCAAAAGCUGUAGCCGGCUUCUGGUGGAUUCUAAAAUCUCCCUCGGCAUCGCAGGUAUUCUCAUCGUGUUGAGCUCGGUGGCUUGCUCGUUGGGCAUCUUCAGCUACAUUGGGAUCCCCCUCACCCUCAUUGUGAUUGAAGUCAUCCCAUUCCUGGUGCUGGCUGUUGGGGUGGACAACAUCUUCAUUCUGGUCCAGACCUACCAGAGAGACGAACGUCUUCAAGGGGAAACCCUGGACCAGCAGCUGGGCAGGGUCCUUGGAGAAGUGGCUCCUAGUAUGUUCCUGUCAUCCUUUUCAGAGACGGUAGCAUUUUUCUUAGGAGCCUUGUCAGUGAUGCCCGCGGUCCACACUUUCUCUCUCUUUGCCGGGAUGGCGGUCCUCAUUGACUUCCUUCUUCAGAUUACCUGUUUUGUGAGUCUCUUGGGGUUAGACAUUAAGCGUCAAGAGAAAAACCGGCUGGACAUCCUUUGCUGUGUCAGAGGGACCGACGAUGGAACAGACACCCAGGCCUCAGAGAGCCGCUUGUUUCGCUUCUUCAGAAACUCCUAUUCUCCACUUCUGCUUAAGGACUGGAUGCGACCGAUUGUGAUAGCAGUAUUUGUGGGUGUUUUGUCAUUCAGUAUCGCUGUCCUGAACAAAGUAGAAAUUGGAUUGGAUCAGUCUCUUUCAAUGCCAGAAGACUCCUACGUGAUGGAUUAUUUCAAGUCCCUUAGUCAGUACCUGCACGCGGGCCCGCCUGUCUACUUCGUGCUGGAGGAAGGACACAACUAUACUUCUCUGAAGGGGCAGAACAUGGUGUGCGGGGGCAUGGGCUGUAACAACGACUCCCUGGUGCAGCAGAUAUUCAACGCGGCUGAGCUGGACAAGUAUACCCGAAUAGGCUUUGCUCCCUCAUCCUGGAUCGACGAUUACUUUGACUGGAUUAAGCCGCAGUCUUCCUGCUGUAGAGUCCACAAUAGCUCUGAGCUGUUCUGCAACGCUUCAGUGGCUGACCCUGCCUGCGUCCGCUGCAGGCCUCUGACUCCAGAGGGCAAACAGAGGCCUCAGGGUGGAGACUUCAUGAGAUUCCUGCCCAUGUUCCUUUCUGACAACCCAAACCCCAAGUGUGGCAAAGGGGGACAUGCUGCUUACGGGUCAGCAGUUAACAUCCUUGGCAAUGACACAGGAGUCGGAGCCACAUACUUCAUGACCUACCACACCGUGCUUCAAAACUCUGCUGACUUUAUUGAUGCCAUGAGAAAGGCGCGCCUCAUUGCUGAUAACAUCACCAAAACCAUGAGCCAGGAAGGAAGUAAUCACCGUGUGUUCCCGUACAGUGUAUUCUAUGUCUUCUACGAACAGUACCUGACCAUUAUUGAGGACACGAUCUUUAACCUCGGCGUGUCCCUGGGAGCCAUCUUUUUGGUGACUGUGGUUCUCCUGGGCUGUGAGCUGUGGUCUGCAGUGAUCAUGUGUGUCACCAUCGCCAUGAUCUUGGUCAACAUGUUUGGUGUCAUGUGGCUGUGGGGCAUCAGUCUGAAUGCAGUUUCCCUGGUCAACUUGGUUAUGAGCUGCGGCAUUUCCGUGGAGUUCUGUAGCCACAUAACAAGGGCGUUCACCGUGAGUGCGAAGGGAAGCCGCGUGCAACGAGCAGAAGAGGCGCUCUCCCACAUGGGCAGCUCGGUAUUCAGUGGAAUCACACUUACAAAAUUUGGAGGGAUUGUGGUGUUGGCCUUUGCAAAAUCUCAAAUUUUUCAGAUAUUUUACUUCAGGAUGUAUUUAGCUAUGGUCUUACUGGGAGCCGCUCAUGGACUGAUCUUCCUUCCUGUCUUACUCAGUUAUAUAGGACCAUCAAUAAAUAAAGCCAAAAGUUUGGCCACUCAAGAGCGAUACAGAGGCACAGAAAGAGAACAGCUCCUAAAUUUCUAACCCUUUACAGGGUUUGGGGACUUUGAACUGUGUCUGCGGGUCAGUCAGUUGACUUAUGGACAGUAGCUGCAUUGUCAGGCGAAGGUGAACACUGGAUGUUUCCAGAUGUCAGGUGAUCUAACAGCAACUGCUGUGGCCCAUAGCGCUUGUAAACUCAGGAAUGCAAAUCUGCCUUCUAGAGCAGUAUUACUAAACCUGAAGGCCACCAGGACACGGCAUCUUCCAGUUCUCCAGGAAUGAAAGCUGAUUGAUUCUUCAGCAAGCGGCAGGUUGACACAGGAUGGUUGUGGAUGUGAUCAGCUCACUGACACUUUUGAAGGCUGAUCAAUGCAAUGCUGCUCCUUUUUUUAGGAGUGAGCCACCACAGAUUCUAAACGGUAUUUUUAGUAACAUUUGAGGAUGUUGCAGAUACACUUUAUUAUAACAUUUUGUAGUUUAAAGAGCUUUAUUAAUGCAAUAAAUUAACUUUAUACACAUUUUUAUAUAUAUAAAAAAACUAGCGAGUGAUCUCAGAAUGUUGUAGGCCUCCUCAGAGCUUGGUCUCCAAAAACCUGUUUGAAAAAAGCAACAUGUUCUUCACAGUGUUCUCCUAAAGGGGCACAAAGAGAGGAAAAUGAGAGAACGGACAUGCAGCUCAUAGAUGUGUAUACUGGGUUUUAACUUAUUUUCUUUCAUAAAAUGCUUUGUUUUCCUAAGCUUUUGAAUUGUCCUAUUUUCACAGCUCAUGCCAUUGCAAAACUGGUCAGGGACCUUCACAACCCCUGGCAAACCCCCACCUGCCCCUAGACACAAGGAGAGAAGCUAACCUGUCAUGGUACUAAUUACCUGACACUACACUGAGCUAGAAAAAGUCGGUAGACCUGGAAUGAAGUUAUAUGUUCCUUCCCCAUCCUUAGAUUUCAGAACUCUGGACCUAAGAGUGAUUUGCCAAUGUUUCCUGCCUAACCCUGAAACAUUAAUAAGCCCCAGGCCAUUUUAAACCCUUAGCCACCAGUUCCUGUCCUGUUCUCAGUUCCUCAUAAAGGGAUAUUCCCACAGCAGCUGUCAGACAUAUGAGCUAUGUUCAGACCGCCUGACUCUGGCCCUCAGGAUGUUUCUCUUCCCCAAGCUUCAAGUUCCGAGCCUAAUUCAGACCCAUUAGCACACUGAGUUCACUUGGACUACAAGUAAUGGGCUAAGAGUUAGGCAGCUGUCAUGACUCUUUUU